UGUUCGCCAACACUUGAAGGGUCGACGGCUUUCUGCUGCGACACUGAUCCUUUCAUUAGUUGUAUAUGUAUAUAAAGUAACAGAUUCCACAGCACUAAAAAUCCUAAAAUCACUAACAGUACAAGUGCUACUGCUUAAUCAAACAUCAAGGGCAAUAAACAUCCGUCGCUGUGCCAAGGACUUGUUUGGAGGUUGUGGUCGAGGAAUGAAGUCUGUUGCCAGCUGAUCGUCAAGUGGACUUAAUUCAUGUUCUGAACUGAUAUUUUUCACACAAAACCCAAUAGCAUAGCCAGGGCGAAAGGAGCUGUUCUGUUCUUCAAGUACGCGCAAUGGGGGAGCAGCCCAUCUUCACCACCAGGGCCCAUGUGUUCCAGAUCGACCCGACCACCAAGAAGAACUGGGUUCCUGCCAGCAAGCAGGCGGUCACCGUUUCCUACUUCUACGACAGCACGCGAAACAGCUACCGCAUCAUCAGCGUGGAUGGCUCCAAGGUGAUCAUCAACAGCACCAUCACCCCCAACAUGACCUUCACCAAGACCUCCCAGAAGUUUGGCCAGUGGGCCGACAGCAGGGCCAACACAGUCUUCGGCCUUGGCUUCGGCUCAGAGCAGCAGCUUGCGAAGUUUGCUGAGAAGUUCCAAGAGGUGAAGGAUGCGGCGAAACUGGCCAGAGACAAAUCUCAGGAGAAAAUGGAGACAUCAAGCAAUCACUCCCAGGAGUCGGGGCGUGUGACCCCCUCCAACCCCUCCACCCCCCAGGCCUCCAGCAUCAACGGGACCGACGAUGAGAAGAUCUCCCACGUGGGCCCCGAGGCUGCCUUGCUCAUGAGCGAGAACGACCGCCUCAAGACCGCCGUGGAACAGAGCAACACCAACGCCAAGAAGUGGGAGACGGAGCUCCAGACGCUGCAGGAGAGCAACGCGCGGCUGGAGGACGCGCUGACUGAGUCCUCGGCCAACGUGGAGAGCUGGAAGAAGCAGCUUAGCGUCUGCAAGGAGGAGAGCGACGCUCUGCGGGACAAGAUCAGUGAGCUGGAAGCCCAGUGCAAGGAGGUCAGCCUGGAGCAGGAGAGGAACGCUCAGCUGACCGCCAAGGUGCAGGAGCUGGAGGCGGAGCUACAAGACAAGGAACAGGAGCUGCAGAACCUGCGGAAGCAGGCGGAGAUCAUCCCUCAGCUCAUGGCCGAGUGUGAGAGCAUCACCGAUAAGCUACGGACUGCCGAGACGAAGAACGUGGAGCUGGACGGCCGGAUAGGAGGCCUGCAGGCCGAUGCGGAUGAGAACCGGCAGAAGCAGGGCGACAUGCAGGGCGAGCUCAAGAAGUUCAUGGACAUCCUGGACGGGAAGAUUGACGAGCUGCACGAGUUCCGCCAGGGCCUAUCCAAGCUGGGGGUGGGCAACUAGAGGUCAAGGGUCAAAGCAUUCUACUAACCCUAACCUCGAGGUCAUCCUCCCUCUUUCCCUCACCAAAUGGUGUGGUCCAAUCUCAACAAUUAGGUUUUCCAAAAAGAAUCGAAAUGAACAAAAUUAUUGCAGAAAGUGUGGUUAAAAUGUGUGGAGGGAGAGGGCUUGGCUGACUUAGGAGGAUGGAGUCGUGUUCUUUGUGUUGAGCUUAACGUAGGGACCUUCCCCGCUGCUGUGUUCUGGGGAGGGGGGGCUGGGUGCUGGAGGACAGGGUGGGUGGCGGGUGCGGGCCCUUGGACUCUCGUCUCUGUGAUUCCGUUUGUUUCAGCCCCAGGAUGGUUUGUACCAGGUACCAGGUCAACAAAGCCAGGCUUGCUUUAUGAACAAAAGGGCUAACUGACAUCCCCCCCUGAUGGACCCUGACCCCCCUGAGGGGAGAACCCGGCCGAGCCCCCGCCCCCCGUCUAUCUCAGGUGUUUGAAGAGUUUGUAUUUAGGUUAGGACACACACACACACACACACACACA